CGGAGGAGGAGCCGCUCCCCAACUUCGUGGCCCACGAAGGGGUGGGGGUCAGGGGCGGUCUCCCUUGCCCUGUCCGUCUCUGCCCUGAAGGUGCAGCCUGCUACCAGAGCAGCCAUUGCCAUGGAGACCCCCGAAGCUAUAAAGCCAGGUAUCUAGGCGUCGGGCACCUCAGGAGCCGCUGAGCCCCCCAAGUAAAAAAGCAAGCGUCCCGGCCCCCGCAAGAGAGGAGGAGGCGGGGAGAGGCUCUGGGAGCUGGAGGAGCGGCGCUCCCCGCCGAGGCAGGAGGCAGGCGCGCCAGGCGGGAGCCACCCGCUCAGCAGGGGAGCAGGGGCUGCCCGGGGUGCGGGUGAGUGGCGCUGCUUCAAGCCACGAGGGACCAAGGGGCGUCGGAUACAGGGAAGAGGGCCCAAGAGUUGAGGAGGCCGAGCUUGAGCGGGAGUCGGGAGCAGUCAGCAGCCCACACCUCCAGGCGUGGGGGGCCAGGGAGGAAAAGCAAGACGCCCUGGGACCCGCGAGGCAGCCGAGCGGUAGGGAGACCUGAGCGGGAACUGCAGGACACUCGGCUGCAGCCAUCUUCGCGCCGCGCGGGAAGAGCGGUACCGGUGUCCGGGCCGGGGCCGUAGCCCCGUGGGGUGAGGGAACAGGGGCGCCCCCGUGCGUCGGACUUCCCGGGCGCGGCGGCUGGAGCCAUGCUCAAGCCCAAGGACCUGUGCCCCCGAGCGGGGACGCGCACCUUCCUUGAGGCCAUGCAGGCGGGCAAAGUGCACUUGGCCCGUUUCGUGCUGGACGCGCUGGACCGCAGCAUCAUCGACUGCCGCGCAGAGCAGGGCCGGACGCCGCUCAUGGUGGCCGUGGGGCUGCCGGACCCCGCGAUGCGCUCGCGCUUCGUGCGACUGCUGCUGGAGCAAGGUGCAGCCGUGAACCUGCGGGACGAGCGCGGCCGCACUGCACUCAGCCUGGCCUGCGAGCGAGGCCACUUAGACGCCGUGCAACUGCUGGUGCAGUUCAGCGGCGAUCCGGAGGCGACGGACUCGGCGGGCAAUAGCCCGGUGAUGUGGGCGGCGGCGUGCGGCCACGGGGCGGUGCUGGAGUUCUUGGUGCGCUCUUUCCGCCGCCUGGGCUUACGCCUUGACCGCACCAACCGGGCGGGCCUCACCGCGCUGCAGCUGGCUGCCUCCCGCGGCCACGGGACUUGUGUGCAAGCCCUCACCGGGCCUUGGGGUCGGGCAGCCGCUGCGGCAGCGGCCCGGGGCUCCAACUCCGACAGUCCCCCUGGCCACCCUGCCCCGGCGCCCAGCCCAGAGCGGCGACGACCCAGUCCCCGUCGUCUACCGCGCCCUCUUUUGGCACGGUUUGCGCGAGCUACCGGCGGCCACGGUCACGGUCACGGCCAUGGCCACGGCCACGGAGGCGAGCUUGCCUCUGCUGGCAAGGGCUCGGUCCGUCAUAGGGCACAAGGCAACGAGAGACCAGAGUUGGGUCGGAGCAUGAGCCUAGCUCUGGGUACCAUGACGGAGGAGGAGACAGCACGUCUUAGGGCAGGAGCUCUGAUGGCUCGACCAAACUCACCCCAGUCUUCGGGGAGUGGGCGGUGGCGUUCACAGGAGGUGCUGGAGGGAGCGCCACUGGCCUUAAUGCAAGCCCCGGUCGGUCUUAGUCCUCAUCCCGAGGGCGGUCCCGGCUCUGGCCGCCUGGGUUUGCGCCGACGGUCCACAGCCCCAGACAUCCCCAGCCUGGUCGGGGAGGCUUCCGGGCCCGAGAGUGGCCCAGAAUUAGAGAACAACGCUCUGCCUUUCUCGGUGCCUGAGCCAAAGCCUUGGCAGGCGGGCACAGAGGCUGUGGUACUGCAGGCUCAGCGAUAAGAAGCACGAAGGUCGAGCCCUGUAAAGUUCACUCUGUCUCUAGUUACUGAGAUGUCUCCCUUUCCUCCAAGCCCUCCCUUUCUCUGCAGUUUUCUGCCCACCCUUUGUCCCCACUGCUAAAGGGAGACCUCCUGUAGUCCUUCACCAGAUGUAAGAAAGAGAACCCAUCUUUUUGUGUGCUCUUUGGUAUUUCCUACGUAAUCCCACCUUCCUCCACCUUGACUUCCUUGUCCUGGGGGAAAAGGAGGUGUGACAACGGCUACUUCUGUGGGCUUCAGCUUUCUAGCGGGAAAGGUGGAUGGCUCAGGCCCAGCCCCAGCCUUGAGGUUCAGCUGCCUAGGCUCGGUACCCGCAGCAUCCCCUGCCUAUUUUUAACUUUUCCUAUCACCUUGGCAGCCAGGUAACAGCAGAGCUGGCUUCGGGAGAACAAGGGCCCAGGUGGCUGUGCCUGCUGAUGCUGCCCAUAAUAGUUUGACAAACUACCAAAGUCUCCCCUCCCGGUAAGUCUUGGAAGAAGGGGAGGAAGUAAGGUGGCCGCAUAAGGUUUUCGGACAAGAGAGCUCAUUGUGAAGGAAUCCAGUGGUUAAGGUUUUCUGAGGCAGAAACUCCUCCUUCAAGGCCACAGGAAUAUUUUGAGACUCAAUGCCCCCUUUAGGUGUGUGCAGCUUUCCCUUCUGGAAAAUCAACUUCCUUUGACUCUGUCUCAGUCAGACCAUGGGAUUUAACUUCAUUGGUUUAACUUCAUUUGUUGGGUCACUGCUUCCCCAAGCCCCUACUAACUCCUGGCUUCUGGACCAGCUUGACCCCCCCCCCAAAUGAUUGCGUUUGAAUUUCAUCUUUGAGGUUCAAUGCUUUCCCUCCUCCUGGCCCAGCCUUACUUAUAUUUCCACUUAGUCCCAGAGGCCUGAAAUGGAAAGGACAUAGCACCCCGCCUCCUCCUUCCUCCCAGCUCCCCCAUUCCGCACGUGGGUGCUCCAAGAGGGUGGAACAGUUAGGAAGGAUUUUUGCUUAAUUGUAUUUCUCCCAACCCUCAAAAGAACUCGUGUUUUGAGCCUUUGUGUAUGAAGCAGAAAGCAGCAGGUCUGAUCCGAGGCUUAAGAACCUGACAACGUCUCUUUAAAUAGCACCUCAGCGAGGGGGAUAAUUGACUGUAGUGUUUGCCACGUUAAACGGCGGCGGGCGCGGGAGUCGAGAGCCCACACGAACCGCAGGUCCGGGUCUAAAUUACAUCAAACUCCCGAGAGAGCAUAGGAGGGGGCAGCUAAACGGCUCCUGCUUCUUGCUGGGCUGUUAAUGGAGGGCAGGGCAGAUGAUGGAUGCUAGAUCAAGACCAAAGACCCCUGCCUGGGCCUCACCUUGUGGGAUGCAGGCCCAGCCCAGCUUCCAGAUUUUAUUACUGGGCAGAUUAGUGAGUCAGAGGCAACUGUGGAGAAGUAGUUAGGCCCCCUCCCCGCGAAGUCUUUUGUCCUCUCCAUCUCCGCCCCUGCCCUCCAACACUGUACCACCUCAGAGAGUGGGCGAAGAAAGGAGUUUGACAGGUUGCAUGCUCGACGACCCCAGUGUCAAUGCUAGCUCCUGGUGGAAAAUCUGUACCAGCAGGGUAGGGUUAAAAAACUCCUGCUUCAAAGCAGUGAAGGUUUUCUGGCAGUGAUAGUACCUCGGGUUUCUAUUUGUGAACCCCGAAGAGUGAACAUGUAGUCCCUCACUUGUCUUUGAAGACGUUGAUCUUUGUGGAUGAUCGUCUUUGUGGAAGUUUCUCAUCAGUCACUCCGAGGGAACUUCCCAGAGAGAAUGCUGGUGCUCAGAAACUGGGUCUGCGGUUGAAGGGAAGGAAGUCGGAAACCAGUUUUUGCAGGGGCCAGAGAGCUCCGCAGUUCCUGUCCUCCCUCGCUCGCGUCCGAGGCCGCGCGCCAGCCCACAGUUGGGACUGUGAUCCUUGCUGCCCCCUGGUGGCACCUCUGCAUUCUCCUCGCUGCGCCCUGGGAGCUCAGACUUGGCUUUCUUUGGGGAGAUCAUUGCUGUGUAACCUCCCUCUGUGUGCUUUUUACCCAUAAAGCGUGUUCCUCUUGUAAAAUAUUAAAUCCGGAUACUUGAAGUCACUUCACUUCAAUGAAGUGAGGAACAGUGAACAAGGACAGUCAGCACUGGGUGUAAUAAGAAGUGCUCAGAAGCCCAGCAAAGACCCCUUUACCAAGAACCCCAAGUUAUUUUGCAAGCUAAGGCUACUGUUGGAAAAUUGCCUGCUGUCUGUAGAACAACUGGAGCUGCCAACCCUUAUGACUUCUGAGCCUUGACCUGACCGUGUGUGUUGUCUACGACAGUUGCUAUUCAUUUUGGGGUGAUCUCCCUGCCACCCCACCCCACCAGGACCCACAGACACUCCAGCCUCCGCCCCCCCCACAGACACUCCAGCCUCCGCCCCACACACCCACAGACACUCCAGCCUCUGCCCCACACCCCCACACACAUGCACCUGCCUUUUCUCACCCCGAGGGGCAGACGGAGUGUACCACGGUGUCUGAAAAGCCAGAGAAGGUCAGGGCUGGGACACUCCAAGUGAAUAGUGCUUUUCCUCUGUCCCUCACAUUCCAUUUUCAACUAUGUUUACUUUUAGUGACUUUUUUAAUGGUGUAAGGAUACAAAUAAUUUUUUUGGCUUACAAGCACCGUGAAAUUUGGCUCACACGUUGUGUCAGGGGUGCUGCCAACCAUCCAGUAUCACUGAUACGUAUACCCCGUGGGAGCGUCACUUUGGUGAGUCUCUGUCGGGUAAACGACUGCUCCUGUCUGUGGUCUGUGGAGUUGCUGGGAAGAUGGGUGGUUGAAAGUGAUGUUUCUGAUACACUGUAGAUCUUUCCCAUCUCAACUGAGUUGUGGGCCUGGGUGUCUGCCCUUAGCCUUAGCUAAGCCUUAGCAGGCUCUGUACAGAACUCCAGCACACUUCACUCUGGACUUCCUGUUAGCUCUAGGUACGCUGAGGCUGCGGUCCUCCUUUGUCCCCUCCUGCAGUAGGAAAAGACUUUGCUGCAUAUUCUGCUUUUCCUAUUAUUGUCGUCGUCGUUGUCGUCAUUGUGAAGAGUCGUCCCAGCCACUGGCACUUAGCGCUGGUUGGCGUGGAAGGGUGUGAAGGACGUCGGCACAUGCAUUUGGAGCGAUGUGCUGAAAAAGACUGGCAGGGAAGG